CCUGUGCCUGACAGGUCGCCGUUCUGCGACCCUUCGGCGUCGACACGCGUCCCUCGGCCGGCCAGAGGUGCCCUCGGUCGCAAAUUGACCCCUGGUCCAUCCUUGGGGUCACCGCGGGUCCCACGGGCGCCGUUUUCGGGACUUUCCUGGGCCGGAGGGGAGCGCUGGAGGGGAAGGGACCUGCGGCCCACGGAGGAGCGACCUGACGCACUCGCACAGUGUGGGAUAGCGCGCAGCCGCACCGACAGAUCGAGAGCUGCUGGUGCCCGGCCGUGCGUGCGGACAGUACUCUUGUUGUGACCUCGUGUGGUGCUUCUCGGUCCAUUUGGGAUUUUCGCGUCCAUCAGCAGCAGAAGAGGCAUGGAUUUGCUCACAGACGGCUGAGCAGUGGAUUUAUUUCAUUUUCCGUGCACAAGUCAAAAGGUGAUUCACCCGUGAUGAGAGGCUGCUGCGGGCCGUCCUGAAAGUGAAACCGGCGAUUCUGACCUCGCUGCCGCGCGGCGCCAGCUGCAGUGACCAUGGACUCCCAAAUAGGCCUUGAUUACAUCGUCGAGAACCGCGACUACACGUCUAAAUUGGCGCUGGCGCUGGACACAAACAACGCGACGGUGAAGAAGCAAGUGUUCGAGUUGCUGUCGGCGCUGUGCGUCUACAGUCCCGAGGGCUACGCCCGCGCCCUUGACGCACUCGACUUCUAUAAGACACACAAGAAUGAAAGGUAUCGGUUCAAGAUAAUCGUGACCGAACUGAGCGAAACCAGCAACCUGGAGUACCAAAUCGCGCUCUUGGCGUUCGUCAACUGCCUCAUCAUCUCAGUGACGCAACUUAAGGACAGAAUUCGCGUCCGAAACGAAUUCACGGGCCUGAAACUGCACGAGGUUCUUUCGUCUUUGCAGAGGAGUGCGUCGGAAAAUCCCUCCAAGUUGAGUCAGGAGCUGCGAGUGCAGUUGGACGUGUUCAACGAACAAAAAGAGGGCGACGAAGCGUCCGCGAGAACCGAUGGUCCUCUCAGCUCAGGGGUGGACCUCAAUUCUCACCUUGAUAUUUUCUAUGCCAUCCUUAGACAGGUGGUUGACACCCCUCAGGAAAUCCCCUUCCUCAACAUCCUGCAACACCUGCUCAGCGUCGACCCCAAAGACCCCUCGAGUGACAUUAUUUGGGACACGGCCGAGACCCUGGUCUACCGGGCGACCCUGCUUGAGUCCCGCGAGGAGGCGAGCCGCCUCCUGGGGGCGCAUUCGCGGAGCCAGCCCAAGUUGACCUCUGGAGAUCGGUCGUGUUUCUGCAACUGCCACCGGGAGGGUGAUGGGGGCGGCAAGCGGAAGCAGUCGGGGGCCUCGCCCCUGGUGCUGCCUCCAGUGCCAGCGUCCGGAGCCCCGCCGCCUCCUCCUCCGCCUCCACCACCCAUGAUCGGCGGACCUCCGCCCCCGCCACCGCCCCCGAUGGCCAAAGGACCUGCACCGCCGCCCCCACCGCCUCCAAUGCUCUCGCCGACGAGCGCCGCUCAGAAGAAAAUCACCAUGGCUGCUGCAGCAAAAAAUUCGCAGCAGGAUGGAGGCGGCCCUCCGCCCCCGGGACUGACCGAAGCGGAGGCGGCUGCUUUCAACGCCGUCCGAUUGCCUCAGCAAGACACGCCGGUGCCAAAGGCUAAAAUGAAGACUUUUAAUUGGAAUAAAAUUCCAAAUAGCAAAGUGGUAGGCAAGAACAAUAUCUGGUCGAUGGUGGCCCAGAGCCAUCAGCACUCGCCCAUGACAGAAAUGGACUGGGCGGAGAUGGAGGGACUUUUUUGCCAGCAGGCGACGGCCAUCACGACGGCACCGGUGCCCAUUUCCAACUCACCGAGAUUAGGCUCGUUCAAAGAUGACACGCCGAGAAAAGAAAAUCUAGAGAUCACCUUCCUGGACGGGAAAAAGAGUCUGAACGUCAACAUUUUCCUGAAGCAAUUCAAAAGUCCGAUUAGCUCUCAUGCGGACAUCGUCAAGUUGGUGCGCGAGGUGCAGCCACACGACAUUGGCGCCGAAAGACUGCGGACACUUUUGCGGCUGCUGCCAGAACUGGACGAGCUGGAGAUGCUGACCUCUUUCGACGGCGACAAAAGCAGACUCGGCACCGCCGAGAGCUUCCUCUUGAGACUGGUCCAAGUGCCAAAUUACAAAUUGCGGAUUGAGAGCAUGCUGCUGAAGGAAGAGUUCAAGACCAACAUGAAUUACCUCGAGCCAAGCAUAUAUGCCAUGAUAGAUGCGGGAGAAUUUUUGAUGUCACAUAGAUCGUUGCAGGAAGUGCUUUACAUGGUCCUAGUCGCUGGAAAUUUCCUCAACUCUGGUGGGUAUGCUGGUAAUGCCGCUGGAGUGAAACUCUCGUCGUUGCAAAAACUGACAGACAUCCGAGCAAACAAGCCUGGCAUGAACUUGCUUCACUUUGUAGCAAUGCAAGCGCAAAAGAAAAAUGAAGAGCUGCUACGAUUCCCAGACCAACUUACAGUACUCGAGGAAGCCACCAAAACUUCCGUGGAGCAGUUGCAAAACGACAUCAACACGCUGGACGCCAGAAUACAAAAGAUCAAAAAGCAAAUCGAGUUGCCGAGCACCGAAGUUGAGAUCAAAGACCAAAUGACUGAAUUCCUCCAAUUCGCAGAAGAGGCCAUCACGAUGUUGAAGCAGCUGAUGACGCAGCUGGACUCGGUGAAGAAGGUUCUUUCCGAGUACUUCUGCGAGGACCUCUCGUCCUUCAAGCUGGAGGAGUGCUACAAAAUUCUGCACACUUUCUGCAUCAAAUUCAAGCAGGCCGUGGCGGAGAACGCGAGAAGGCAGUUGCAGGAGGAACAAGCGGCAGCCAGGAGGAAGCAGAGGGAGGAACAAUUGGCGGGGAAGAGAAGGCAACUGCUUGCAAGUCAAUCCGGUUGUACCAUCGACUCGGAGUGCAGCUUGCAGGAGUCGCUAUUUGGGCUGACGCAGAAGAGGAGUUACUACGACAGCAACAACAAAGUACGGAAGGUUCCGAACGGUUCGACUUCCACGCAAGGGUUGUCGGAAGAAGAGGUUUCCGUGACAAGUUCGCCAGCAGUUACCAGGAGAAGGACAGGUUCUUUCUCAGGGCCAAGUGGAGAGCCCGUUCCACAGCCACAAAACCCAUUGGGCCAAGAGACUUAUUCUCCAGACGUGACUCCAAACGGAACACUGAGACGAAGAAGAAGCCGAGUACCAUCAGAAGAGGAUGACUCGAGUCUGAUGGACUUCCUCAGGGCGUCUGGCCAACAAGCGGCCGCCGCCGCGGAAUCCCUCAAGGACAGAAAGUCCUGGGGAAGCUUAGAUCGAUCUUGGGCGAGACGAGCGCGCGGCAGCGGACGAAAGCGGCCGGACCUGCUGAGCGCCGACUUCAGCGGCGACCGCGAGCGGCCGUGCAGCCCGUCGAUGGCCGCCGACCCGAUCGCGGCCAACACGCGGCCUCCAGUCCUUCCUAGUGGUUUAACGCCGACUGACGACGUAGAGGGUAAACCAAGGUGCGUCAUCGCAAGGGCAUGGAGGCAAAAGAUCGAAGCGUGGUUGAUAGACAGCGAGAAGCGCGAGAAGGAGGAGAAAUUGACCGAAGAGCAGCGGCGAAGACGGAGGCCGCCGGCGAUGAACCGACGCUCCACAGCCGAAACGUCCACCGAGUCGGCGGAAGGCGAAAACAGGAACGGGUCGAGCAUUCUGGACACUUUGCCCGAGGAGAAGCAGACGGGCACCUACCGCAGGGUUUACUCGGACUGGAAACCCACCAUUGAAAAGACGGACGUCGUCGGCGCCAUGGAGGCCAUUGAAGAAGCACAACAACCAUCCGUGGGCAUUACGCUGAAGGACAAGUCGGCGUGGCGCAAGUCCAACUUGAACAGCAGCACCGACGAGCCCGACGUCAACACUCGGAUGCUGCGGCGUUUGCGUUCGAGGACGCACCUUGACACCCCGGCAGACGACGCCGACAGCUCAACCAAAGAAUCUCAAGCGGACUCGAACGGCCUAAUCGAGUCACUUGGACGCAAGAGCCAGCAGGAGGAUAAGUUGACCCUGUACCUGAAAAACCCUUCGAGCACGCCGGAAGCGCCCAGAAGGACUAGGGAGAAUGCUCGACCAACCACUCUCUACAUCCAACAAAGUGCGGCGCCUUCAACGCCGAGUCCAAGCACGACGGCAACAAGUUCGUUGCCAUACUACGAGACUGACUUUGGUGCCAACACGGUGAACACGAGCACCAGGUACGUGAAGAAGUCGGACCUGCCGCCGGUGGACGUGCUGGCUUCGCCGCUGCCCAACCGAAGGCUGCUCAACCAUCACAACGCCGGCGGCUCGCUGGACCGCAAGUUGCUGCGGGACGCGAUGGCCGAGUACCGGAUCCCGUCGAGUCCGCUGCAGAGGCGCAAGGAGUACCCUUUGAUCGAGCGCGAGGAGGCGCCGCCCUGCGACCGUCUCGCCCACAUGCUCAAGGACAACGCCGACGACGUCGAGAUGGGCGACGGCAGCAAGUUCGACCGCUUCUCGCCGGCGCGCCGCACCACCCGCCGCCCGCUCACCCGCACCGGCACCAAGGACGGCGACCUCCUGCCCAAGGACGAGCCUGUUGUCAAGAUAGAGGAGCCCCCGGUCGAGCCCAAGAAGGUCGAGGUCGUCCCAAAACUGGAAAAGCAGAAGGCCGUCGAGUCGCCUCUGCCGGACAAGACCGCCGAGCCCUCCUGGCCCUCUAAACCCAGCACCGGCAUCAACAGAUCUUUGGCCGAGAUGCUGACGAAAACAGACGAGCCGCAGCUGCGUCGAAGCAGCUCCGAGUCGAUCAAGCGUCCAGCAUUUGUGUCGAGCAGGACGCCGAGGCCCAAGACCAUCGUCGAGCAGCCCAAGAGCAGCUCGUUGGUGCAACGGACGCAGUCCCUCGGGAGGUCUUCGGCGGCGGCCAGCAAGGAGCAGGACAAGCCGCGGCUGGUGCGGCAACUGUCGCGGACGCCGAGCCAGAACCUGCGCAACCUGGACGAGCGGACCAACUCGAUCAGCAGUCUGCGCAGCUCCAAGAGCUCCAUCGCCAGCAACCCUGCCCCUGCAACCACCACAUCAACCACAAAGCCCGUGUGGGUCAAGCAGGACGCGAGCAACACCCCCGCCAGAAUCAGGACGGCCGUCAAGGAAGUGCCUCUCGUCAAGAAGAACAACAACCCUGCUGAAGUUGUCCGGAAGAUUUCCGGUGAAUCGCGUUUCGGGUACAAACCGGUGACCAACUUGACCAGCUCGUCGCAGGUCAAAAGGUCGGCCAGCAUGGCAUCCAGGCCCAAGAGGAGCGACAGCAUCAGUUCCAAGGAGAACGUCAUCAGCAGCCCCAAGAGUGUCCAGGCGCCGGUCGGCACCAACAAACUGGCCCGCAACAAACCGACCAGUCUGAGUUUCAUGCGUCCGACGGCGGCCAGCACCAGCAAGGAGACGAGUCAGGGGGCGGCGGGGGCCGCGCCCAACGAGCCGCAGAGCCCCUCGGGGGUCGCGUUCGGCUCCAGCCGCAUCCACAGACUGGCCAUGAAGCCCGUCGCACAGGCCAAGUGGACUUGACACUAUUUAUUUUUUAACUUGCAGAAUUUUUUUUAAUUAAAAAUAUAUGUAAUUCACUUUUUCGUAAAAUUGCAGUUUUUACGUAAACACACCACCCAUGUGAAGAGGAAAAAAGAUGUUUUGUCGGUUUUAUUUACGUCUUUAAUGUGUGACUGUGAGAAACUGUGAAAAAUGUGUUAAUCAAAUGCCUAAAUAAAAUAAUGUGUUUAAGAAAAAA